UUGAGCAAGCUAAACGAUGCGAGCGCUCGCAGCCGUCGCCGCCGCCCAGUAGAGUUUCCCAGCCCGCGGACCAAGCACAACAACACCGAAAAAACUGACCGUGUGAGGGCAAUAUACGAAGACCAGAGCUUUUUUCAAACAAGUGUCAAACGUUAUCGUGGGGGAUUUUUUAAAUGCUUUAACUAGUCGCCGACAGAGCGCGAGAGAGUGGAACGAGAGCGAGUCAGCCAGCCUAGAGAGGGAUAAGGAAGAAAGAGGGAAAGUAAUUGCUGGUAUAUUUUGGUCCUCGCCAACCGUUACUUUGGAUAUCAAGAAGAUCAGAGGUUGUGUAGUCAUGGGAUGUACACUGAGCGCCGAGGAGAGAGCGGCUUUAGACAGGAGCAAGGCUAUCGAGAAAAACCUAAAAGAAGAUGGAGUCACUGCCGCGAAAGACGUAAAACUACUCCUGCUUGGGGCUGGGGAGUCAGGAAAAAGUACCAUCGUGAAACAGAUGAAGAUUAUCCACGAGGAUGGCUUCUCUGGAGAUGAUGUGAAGCAGUACAAGCCUGUGGUCUACAGCAACACAAUCCAGUCUCUGGCUGCCAUCGUCCGUGCCAUGGACACCCUUGGCCUGGAGUACGGAGACAAGGAGAGAAAAGCUGAUGCUAAGAUGGUGUGUGACGUGGUGAGUCGUAUGGAGGACACUGAGCCCUACUCUCCUGAGCUCCUGGGGGCUAUGAUCCGCCUGUGGUCUGACUCCGGCAUCCAGGAGUGCUUCAGCCGCGCCCGAGAAUACCAGCUCAAUGACUCUGCCCAAUACUACCUAGACAGUUUAGACCGGAUCGGUGCACCUGACUACCAGCCCACAGAGCAGGACAUCCUCAGAACCCGAGUCAAGACCACUGGCAUUGUAGAAACUCACUUCGUCUUCAAGAAUCUGCACUUCAGGCUGUUUGAUGUGGGAGGUCAGAGGUCGGAGAGGAAGAAAUGGAUACACUGCUUUGAGGACGUGACAGCCAUUAUCUUCUGUGUGGCACUGAGUGGGUACGACCAGGUGCUGCAUGAAGACGAAACCACGAAUCGCAUGCACGAGUCUCUUAUGCUGUUCGAUUCCAUCUGUAACAACAAAUUCUUCAUUGACACUUCCAUCAUUCUCUUCCUCAACAAGAAAGAUCUUUUUGCCGAAAAGAUCAAGAAAUCUGCCUUGAGUAUCUGUUUCCCUGAGUAUACCGGUUCUAACACCUAUGACGAUGCAGCUGCCUACAUCCAAGCACAAUUUGAGAGCAAGAACCGCUCGCCUAAUAAGGAGAUCUACUGUCACCUGACGUGUGCCACGGAUACAGGGAACAUCCAGGUGGUGUUUGACGCUGUUACUGACAUCAUCAUCGCCAACAACCUGCGAGGCUGUGGUUUGUACUAAGCCCUGAUCGCUUCACCUCUGGAAAUUAUUCUAAUUGAAAAUGCAACUUGGUAAAUAAUGAAAUUUAAUAGGCAUACGUAUAUAUAAAUAUAUAUACAGUACCAAUCAAAAGUUUGGACACACCUACUCAUUCAAGGGUUUUUCUUUAUUUUUACUAUUUUCUACAUUGUUGAAUAAUAUCGAAUACAUCAAACUAUGAAAUAACACAUAUGGAAUCAUGUAGAAACCAAAAAAGUGUUAAACAAAUUAAAAUAUAUUUUAGAUUAUUCAAAGUAGCCACCCUUUGCCUUGAUGACAGCUUUGCACACUCUUGGCCUUCUCUCAACUAGUACAAAUAAAGAAAAACCCUUGAAUGAGUAGGUGUGUCCAAACUUUUGAUUGGUACUGUGUAUAAUGGGGCCAUACUUGCAAACAUUAGAAACAGUUUGCCUUUAAACUGUUUCUCCGUCUCAAAAUGUGCAUCAGCCAAUUAAUAUUGUUGAUUAGUAUCAUUGUCCCAUCAAAUAGCCUGGCACAUUUUAGCCCUAUCCUAACCUCACCAGCUGUCGGUGAUUAUUCUGUAUAACAAAUUCCACAAAGAUAUUAGACUUUUUAUCCACCACGGCAUUUCUUGAAAUAGGUUAACCCUGGCCACCAGAGGGAUAUUUUAAACCUAUUUGGUAUGGUAUGUUAGGCCUAUGUAGAACACUAAUUAAUCAUUAAGUUAUUUAUUUUUUUACAUUUAAUUUCACCUUUAUUUAACCAGGUAGGGCAGUGACAAGUUCUCAUUUACAACUGCGACCUGGCCAAGAUUGGGGCGGCAGGGUAGCCUAGUGGUUAGAGUGUUGGACUAGUAACCGGAAGGUUGCAAGUUCAAACCCCCGAGCUGACAAGGUACAAAUCUGUCGUUCUGCCCCUGAACAGGGGUUAACCCACAGUUCCUAGGCCGUCAUUGAAAAUAAGAAUUUGUUCUUAACUGACUUGCCUGGUUAAAUAAAGGUAAAAAAUAAAUACAUUAAAAAAAAAAAAGAUUAGCAAAGCAGUGCAACAAAAAUCAACAACACAGAGUUACACAUAAACAAACCUACAGUCAAUAACAAUAGAACAAGUAUAUAUACAGUGUGUGCAAAUGGAGUAAGGAGGUAAGGCAAUAAAUAGGCCAAUCAAUAGUAGCAAAGUAAUUACAAUUGAGCAAAUAAACACUGGAGUGUUUAUGUGCUGAUGAUGAUGAUGUGCAAGUAGAAAUACAGGUGUGCAAAAGAGCAACAAAAAAAAGUACAUCAAAAUAUGAGGAUGAGCGAUCGCUAAGCUGCUCAGAUAGCUGAUGUUUAAAGUUAGUCUCCAACUUCAGCGAUUUUUGCAAUUCGUUCCAGUCAUUGGCAGCAAAGAACUGUAAGGAAAGGCGGCCAAAGCAAGUGUUGGCUUUGGACAUGACCAGUGAGAUGUACCUGCUGGUGGGUGUUGUUAUGGUGACUAGUGAGCUGAGACUUAUAGAUGACCUGGAGCCAGUGGGUCUGGCGAAAAAUUGCUAGACAUUGAUUCAGCUUUGACCUAAACUUUAUUAAACAUGCACCAUUCUAAGAAGUGGCUCCGGUGUGCUCCAUCAGAUCUACACUCCUGUAUAACAGUGUGUCAGUCUGCAAGAGGGACUCCAAGAAGCUUCUCAUUAAAUAUAUUUGUAAUUUACAAGGUUUUGGCUGCACCCUUACAUCACAAUAAAUAUAAUUCUACAUUUCAAAGGAAAAAAACUAUACCUCACCUGGAAUUCGAACUUGCUGCAAACAACGAAAAUGACCAGAAGCCAAGAUCACCACAGUGAGCUAUCUGUCCAAUUGAACUUUUGUGUGUGUUUUAGUAACUUUGAUUAGCAGAUCAACGUGUGACUUCUGUUAAGGAUGCUAUCAUGAAAAAGUGUUUGGUCACGUCCAACUAUGUCAACAUUGGUAAUUGGCUGAUACAGAAUUUGUUACAGAAAAUAAUCAUGUCCAGCUGGUGAUGUUAGCAUAGGGCUAAAUAUGCCAGGUUAUCUAAUGGGAAAAGCUAACAAGUAGCGUUCUAUCACGUGCAACUACGUCAAUGAUUUUAUUUGACUGGUGUGGAUUUAAACGUAAAUGUUUUAAUGUUCGCAAGUAUGGCCCCAUUGUUUUUAGUUUGUCUUCGAAGAGCUGCCAACAGAACUGAUUUCUUAUAGAAACCCAGCCUUUAAAAUUUUAGAACAAAGUUGAGAACUCGUUUAAUGUUUGUUUUUUUCCCCUUCCCGACUGUCUUUUUGUUUUUAACAAAACAACCUUGUUUUUCAUAAUGUUUUUGUAUUUUUUUUAUGUUUAUCAUGUCUAUAUUUAUUACAUGAAUAUCAGUCCAUGGGUGACCUGUACACAUUUGCCUGAGUAUAUUACUGUUGUAAUUAUGCUGAAAACUGUUCUAGCUCUAACAAUGGCUAUGAUAGGUAUGAUGGUCAUGAGUACGACAGUCAAUAUCAGUUUCUUUCUUUUGUACCAGACUGGCUUUUCAUGGUAAUCCUGGAAGUUCUGUUCAGCUAUUUGAUCAUUUAGUUAAAAGGAAACACCCAGGAUUGAUGCACCCUUUUUCCACCCAUCCCUUCCUGUCACUCCGGUGGGCCUUUGCCAUUGGCUGUGUGGAUUAUGGAGCAGGGAGUCACAGCAUGUGACCCAAAGCCUCUGAACAGGAUAUCUGAAAAGUGUCAUAUCAGUGCCAACCCCAGGAGAAUGACAGGUUUGGAGAUAGUCGAGAUAGUCCUAGGAACACUUUGUUACUGUAAUGAAUACCUAUUAACAUGAUCAUGUAAGGAACUUAUACUUUUUUAUGAUCAUUUAUUAAUUAAUUUAUUUAUCGUCUGUCCCACACACCACCUCUGCACUCACCACACACCUUGUACUUUAUUCCUCCACUCAUCUUUUUAUUUUUCUAGCACCCACCUCUCUCACCUGGUUUAAUUGUUUUGGGUUGGCCAUUAGCUGGGUAGUGGUGUCUCCCGUCACACCUCCUGACACAAAUAGCAUGAGCAACCCUUCAGCCUUUGUAUAAAAAUAAUAAUACAAAUAAAAAGAGGGAGUUAAACGCGUCACAUAGAAAACGUUGAGAAAAAAUCCUACAAAAUCCACUAAAAAAAGUAAAAGAAAUGGAAAAACGAAAGAAAAAAAGACAACAGCGACAUAAAGAGACAACCAUCAUAUGGACUGGGUGUAUGGACUGGGUGUUACCAGUAAUGUGGAGAUUUGAGGUCAAGGGUCAUUGGACUGUGUGUCUUGGUAGAAAGCUGUAGAUCCUUGGGUUCUAAAAUCUUUACAAUGUGGAACCAUUGAAGAAAAAAUUAACAAAAAAGUAUGAUUAUGACAAUAAUAACAAUGCAGAAAAUGAUGAUGAUUAUAAUUACAAUAUCAAUGAUAAUGAUGAUUCUGUAAUAUUAUUGAAGUAUAUUUCUUGUGCUUUGUAGCUACAGAACAUUUUUUUCUUUCCCCCUUUUAAAAAAAAUGUUUGACAAGGGUUCCCGUGAUCCACACUGGAACUGUUUUUACUGACUUACUGAUGUUUAUGAACUGUACUGAUUAUUUCUGCCUGUUCUCCCUGCAUUACAGUGUCUUUACUUAGCCUGACUUAUAUAUAUAUAUAAUAUCUAUUUUUUUUAUUUUGUUAUUUUGGAAGAACCACUUUGGAGCACGUCCUGUCCCAUUGCUGUUAAGGGCGGGGUGUGUACGCGGCUGUACAGAUUCAUGCGCUUUCUUUCAUUUUGGGGGAAUUGUACUCAAACACCUUCCAGGUCUGCAUAGAAAAGCACAGCUCUCACUUCACACAUAGAUUUGGAAAGAUGUAUCUCUCCUCCCUAUCUGCCUUCUUGAUUGAAAUGUUUUUAAAGAAUACUGUGUAUUAUUACAUAUACCAGUUUGGCAUUCUUUUUCUUUUGAUCCCCUCCUUUUUCCUCCAUUUUUUAUCCCAGUAAAUGCUUUUCCGUGCUGCUUUUUCUCCCUCCUCUUUAGGGAAUGGUUGUUCUUUCAUGUGGGAUGUUCGUGCUGGAAUACCAAUCGAAUGUAGUGUUUACAUUAAAAGCCACAGUUUUCAUGACUACAA